UCGGUUCCAUGUGCUAGCUUGGUCGUCUGUCUGACAAGAUUUCUACAAUCAACACCACAAUUCCGUGGAUUACUAAGACAAACGAUUAUGGCCGUGCAAUGCAACACACUGUUAUCGCGGUCCUAAAGCUGUUAAGUGGUCAGUAUUCUCUCUUGGCCGGACAAAUUAAUGUUCCUUUUAUCCUCAAACUUGACGUGGCAAUAUAAGAGAAUAUCCUCAUUGAUUGGCGGGCGAUAUUGGCAAUGGAUUUCGGAGUAUGGAUUCCUCUUACAGAGGAUCAGGCGGAUGAGGUCGGGGAUGACAUCACUUGUCGAAGUCUAUCGUCUGCGCGUGAAAGUACAACGGAUGUGAGAGCACUUACUCCCCAUGUCGGCUCGAAGUCGAUGGAGAAUGACGCCGAGGUUCCGCUCCACCGUUUGCGGUGCCUGCGUGGUCUGGGGAAGGCCGGGUUUAUACCUAUGGGGCCAAAGUUUCAAGACGUGGCUAUCCGCUACAUACCCAAACCGAAGUACCGAUGGGCUGUAGAGAACUAUGUCAAACAAGGACUGGACGAACACCCGGGCCGGAAGCAGGUUCCAUUCUUUCUACGUAGGUCCAAAACUGUGCAGGUGAUUCAAAACAAACCAUUCCAGCGUUUCUUUACGCAGCUAGACUUGAACGCAACACCAAAUCCUCACACAGAUCGAGAUCGGUCAGAAAUCCUUAGUCGGAGGAACAAAAACAAAAAUGACAGACGGUUUUCUCUCUCGUUUGUUUAUAAACCAGCGCCAUAUACAGGAAGCCUUAAAAAACCAAACACGGACCGGCCGUUGCUGAGGAGACCGACUCCACUUCGGACCCCACCCGUGCAGGAAACGGACUCCCAGUUCAAACAUUUCACAAAAAGUUUAGAAUUGAAACCGAAAAACUUUGCCACAUCAACAGAACAAGACAUUUUCUACAAUAAGAAUUAUCCUCUAUUAUUGGACACUCAUCCGGAAGAAGAGGCUGCUGCAUUACCGCGCAAGCGCACACCGACACCGGAAAUAUGUUUCACACCAGAAAUGAAACGUGGUAUGACAAUAACAUCAAGAAUUCAAAAUUUGAAAACGGAAAUAGACACCCUCGAUCAAGAAACCGAUGGCAUUGACUUCCGAACGGUAUUGAGAGAUGACGCGUUCGAUCCUGCCGUCUGGCCUUGGAAUAAGGGCAGAUCGAGUUACAGGAUUCCAUCAUCUUCUAAUGAGCAUUUGCAGCGUCAACGUCCGAAAUCCCCAAGCCCAAUGUCUGUUAGUACCCUCCCUAAAAAUAGAACACCGACCUCUUUCUCUCCCGGACGAUCUUUGUCACCAUAUUAGCCAGGUGAAUUGCCAGAAAAAUCGCCUACACAACACAAGUUGUUAAGCCAAUCGGAUUAACAUGUCUCGCCUAUGCCUACACAACCAUUUUGUUGGUCAAAUUAUCAUAGGAGAACCCUGUAAAUCCAAAUGAAAAUUAUGCAUGCAAUACCUUUUGUCAAAAGAUGUUUCCAAAUAACAAUUAUUAUCUCCACAACUGUGUCGAAGAGCUUGAAAGUGAAUCUAUACCUAUAUGAAGCAGCUUUUGAUAUGUCAUAGCUAAGACAUCGAGCUCUGUCAUUUGACCCAAGGAACCAUGAAGGAUUUUCAAUUCGUUUGAAAACUCACAAAUAAGGGGAAAUAACUCUUUUAUGUGUCUCUCGUUUCUCGUCAGAAGGCCAUCCAGCUUGCGAAAAUUAAAUGGAUUGGUUAGUAGGACGUAAAUGAUCACAUGUAGACGUGGUUAUGUUGACAAUAUUUCUCUCGCCUGUGCUAUAUUUGUAAGCACCAUUUAACCGCCCAGUGAUGAAUGUAUCAUAUAAACAAAAAAUAAAUAACCAGAAAAUAACAAUGACUUCAUAUUGAUAUGUUUUGUAUAGUUAUCUUGUUAUUACUUAAUAACCUUGACCAGAAACGUGUGGUAUUGCAUUUCAACUGACAUCCGGAGAUCACUAUCACUUAUAAUGAUGUGAAGUUUCAUUCAUGAAGUUAUCAAACAUUUUAGACAGGGAGCUGCUGACUCGCCAAAUGUUAUCAGACGGGCAAUUAGCUAUAGGGUA